CCCUAUUCUCUAUUAAUUUUUGAUUUAACUACUCUCUAAACGGCUGCUUGCUGAUCAGUAAAGAAAUAAGAAUAGUUAAGGAGAGGCUGGUCAUUUUAUCCAAUCUUUUAUGCUAUCAUCAAUCAUCUUUCUUUGAAGAUAGACAUUUUAUUCGGAACACAAAACGUUGUAGGAAAUAGGAACAGAAGAAAGUAAUGUGGUACAAUUCGAACAUACUAUUGUUGUCAUUUCGUGAAGAUGGCGACCUUAUUGAAGCAGAGUAGAUAUUUAGCAGAAGUUUUUGCCCGUCAAAAUGGAUCGAAGAUCCUGGGUGCUGCUCUGCCAUCGGCCCAGACCCAGCAGCAGCGAAACCUGAACGUCCACGAGCACAUCAGCUACACGCUGCUGAAGGAGGCCGGCGUCCCGGUGCCGAACUUCGGCGUGGCCGGGACGAAGGAGGAGGCCCGCGACAUCGCGCAGCGACUGAACGUCAAGGACAUCGUGCUGAAGGCGCAGGUCCUGGCCGGCGGACGGGGGAAGGGGGCGUUCAAGAACGGGCUCAAAGGCGGCGUCAGGAUGGUGUACAGCCCAGAGGAGGCAGAGAAAAUUGCAGGCAAGAUGAUUGGUCAGCUGCUGGUGACCAAGCAGACUGGCGAGAAGGGCCGCAUCUGUAAUUCUGUGAUGGUGACCGAGCGGAAGUUCCCCCGCAAAGAGUUCUACUUCGCCUUCAUGAUGGAGCGUGCUUUCGCUGGUCCUGUGCUAAUAGCGUCCUCUCAGGGAGGUAUAAACAUCGAGGAGGUGGCAGCGGAAAACCCAGAUGCAAUCCUGUACGAGCCAGUCGACAUAAGCACUGGUAUCUCCAAGGAGCAGGCCCUCAAAGUGGCGGACAAGGUGGGGCUUGGGGACAAGCGAGAGCAGACGGCGGAGAUCCUGCUGAGAUUGUACAACCUCUUCCUGGCCAAGGACGCUCUGCUCAUCGAAGUCAACCCGUACGCAGAGGAUGCUAGCGGUGAAUACUUCUGCCUGGAUGCCAAGAUGCGGUUUGACGACAACGCAGAGUACCGCCAGAAGGAUCUGUUCGCCUUGAGGGACUGGACCCAGGAGGAUGAGAAGGAAGUGGCGGCUGCCAAGCACAACCUCAAUUACGUGGCCCUGGACGGGAACAUUGGCUGCCUGGUCAAUGGCGCUGGUCUCGCCAUGGCAACCAUGGACAUCAUCAAGUACCACGGAGGCAACCCCGCCAACUUUCUGGACGUUGGGGGCGGAGCGACUGCACAGCAAGUCAAAGAAGCAUUCAAAAUCAUUACUGCAGAUCCCAAGGUGUACGCGAUCCUGGUGAACAUAUUUGGGGGCAUCAUGAGGUGCGACGUCAUUGCGGAGGGAAUCAUCGCCGCUGCCAAGGAGCUGGACCUGAAGCUGCCCAUAAUCUGCAGGCUGCAGGGAACGAACGUAGACGAUGCUAAAGUGCUAAUUGCAGCGUCGGGCCUGAAGAUUCUGGCCUGCGACAACUUGGACGAAGCGGCGAGGCUCGCUGUCAAGCUGUCUAACAUUGUCAGCUUGGCUAGAUCCGCUAAGCUGGAUGUCAACUUCGAGAUACCGCUCUGAACACAUUUCCAUUCUCUCUAGUUGGUUCCCUGGCCCCCCCCCCCCCCCCGAGCACCGUUCCUGCCCUCGCGUUUCCUUUCCCGUGUCUCGUCUCUUACGGCUGGCUCGUGUUGCAUGAGUGUUAUUGUUAGUGCAAUGCUUUCAUGGGGAAGUACGUGCUUGGUGCAGUUACAGGUUUGUACUGCAUUGGUCUCGGCUUAGUGCAUGGGCUACUGUGAUAGGAUAAUGCAUUAAAGGAGUUAAAUUUUGCUCGAAAGUUUUGACCAUGCGAGUUUCUUGGUGUCACACUGUGUUUGUGGUCCAGGUUUUUUUUUCCAUGCGUCUUCUGCUAAAUGGUCACAGCAGACUAUUGGCAAUGUAGUCAAUUUUGUUUUUCGUCCCCAUGGCAGACGAGUAGUCAGAGCUUCUAUUAACGCCUUGCUUCUAGUUAUAAUACUUUACUGUCAUGGGCAGCGUAUGGUAGAAUGCCUUUAGGUACUUAAUGUUAUUUUGUAUGUGUAUUGCAACAGCAUAAAUGUAUAAACCUCCAUAUGAUGAUUCUUGAAGAUUCUAUGCUGUCUGUACACUUUAAUUUAUUGCUUGAUUGGAGGAAAUACAUUAGAGAAUUAUUGAUCACUGCCAAUCAUAAGAAAUACACAUUGUCUUGUCAUGUGUCAAUCUAGAGAUUUGGAAGGAAGCGGGACUUUUUUUUGUUUCUCUGUAUUUUUCAGCAAGGACAAGUGGUUAUGUUUAAAAAAUUUAUGUAAUUUAAAGUGCAACCUGAUUUUCAGUCUAGAAUUUGAAGUAGCCUUCUAUUGGUUUAUCUGUAUUUGCUAAACAAUGUACUAUUUGCGUAAAGUAUUUUAAGAGAAUUUAACAACAAAAAAAACUCGUGUUGACUGAGGUAGCUUGAGUUAUUGUACAUAAAAAAAUUAUUGUGCUGGAAAUAAAUUUUUCAUUUACCAUGUUUAAUUUGUUUUAGGAUACCGAAAUGUUUUUAUACCUUAUCCACAAACAUUAGCCUAUAGUUGACUGUUUUGAAUCAUUAACACAGGCUAUCCUGAAGUCUUGGCUUCUUGGAUAAUUACACUUGUGUACAUAUGGUUGUUCUGAAAAUUUUAAAGAGCUGUAAGAAGCUGCAUAUUUGUAAUUUAUCAUCCUAAAAAAUUCAUGUACUGACUGCCCUUUAAUAUAUUAGACCUGUUGCAAUAUGUAAAGCAAACUUGUAUAUUACUUAAAAUGCUUUGUUUUAAAUAAGUUUUUAACCAUAACAUUCAUAAUAUGUAGUUUUUUUAGUACGAAAUCACCUUUCAUUAAAGUUUUUUUGUGAUUGAAGCUGGGCUGUGAGAUUCUGUUUUUAUUUUCAGCUGAAUUAAAUUUAAAUGAAACUAUGCAUGUUUGUAAAACUUUUUUUUUUUUAACAUUGACUCCAAAUUCAUUUUGUGUGGCUUUGGAUAGUUUAACUAAUAGCCAAUUUAGUAUUAAUUUCGUAGAGAAAUGUAAAAAACCAAGUUAUCUUAGCUGUUUCUGUCUCAAGCAUGGGUAUUUUUUAAAUUCUUGUUAACACUUUUUAAUUUCUUCUCUUAUCUCUGCGUUAGCCAGUUUGGAUCUAGAUGUGUCGAUGCAAAAGAAAAAAAAAAUAAUUGGACUGGAAUAGUCUAUAAUCGUGGACGAGGAGGCGCGCACGAACGGACAAAUGUGCAUGCGUGUUGGGGCGAGCAGCCGGUGCAUGUGGCAUCCAGGGCGGGGGGACGAGUGACGCGAGUGACGCCCGUCACCCACACCGGACGACUCUUGCUUGUUUCGCCAGGGUCUGAACAGUGAGAAGGCCCGGGACGUGAUGCGCGCCUCGGGCAUGAGGACUGUCGUCCUGGUCACGGACCUGACAGAGGCGGCCAGGUUGGCCGUGCUGAGAGCCUCCUCUCGCCGCGCGUGAUCACGCACCAGGCUGCUCCUCCGCUCCUGCUGCAUUUGUUAUCUAUAUAUACAUACACACAAAUAUUUAUACAUGUACCUACUUUAUGAUGUGAUUUCAAUAAAGAUAUUGUUUGUUUA